AUGACAGGAGUAGAACUAUUAAUAACAAUAUAAGUUUAGAAACUGAGUAAUAAAUAAAAGUAAGUGAAUAGUCCUAAUAUGAUUAAUAAAUUAAUUUUAAAACUUUUAAUCCUCUUAACUCUUCGAUAUAUAAGCAAAAUUCUUAUAAUUUCGAUUUAGAUUUAAAUCAAAAUGUAAAUAAAAAAGAAGUUUUUAAUUAUCUAAAAAAUAAAAUAUUUUAGAAGUAAUCAAGCUAAUAAGAUAAAUAAUAUAAUAAUCAAUUUAGGAUAUCAAAAUAUUCUAACAAAUUAGAUAUCAGCUCUACUAUUAAAAAGGAUUCUGUUAAUAAUUCUCAGUACUAAUUCAAACCUACUCCUCCUCCUCCUUAAACUGCUGAUCUAAUUGAAAGGGAAAAAAGAGUAAGACUAACCUAAUCAUAAGGGAAAAAAGAUAAAAAAAGAUUGA